AGUUCGUAAAACGAGAGUGUACAACGUUAGGCGAGUGAGUUAGGAGCAGUUACUACGACUACACCGUAACAGUGUUUUAAACAUUCCUUUUCUCAUACUAGUUCGUAUGUUUUCAUUGUGGACACGUUUCCUUGUCGUGUGAAGUGUGGAAAUGAUGUUAUACAGCGGUUUGUUUUGCGAGAAGUCACCCGCGACGCCAUGUUGAGUCCUUGUUUUUGGAUUAUCUGUGGCCCGGCUAGCAGAUUAGCCCGGUGUAACGGCUGUAACGAGUACUCGUUGGCUUUUUCCUCGUCAGACUGUGUGUGGAUUCAAACUAAAAAAGAAAACUAAAUGAGGGCGAUGUGUGCGAAUGUACAAGAAGACUGAGGGACUACUACGUUUAGGUUUACACAUCAGAGGGCGGUACAGAAACAGUGAGUGAGUAAGCGAAGCACUGCUAGCCCUGUUAGCUGGUUAUUAUUUUGAGGGAGCUUUAUUAAGUCUUUUUCCUACCGGAGAGGCGGGGAAUCCAAAGCCACAGUUUUUGGAUGCAUUCGCUUUACGCCAACAAUUCAUUUGCCAACCUGCUUCGUCCGGGAUUUCACUUUUCUGGAGACAACAACAAGCUGUCGAGGCAUUACAUGGAUUAUCUGUGUUUCAGAACGCUGUGCUGUAAAGGUCCUCCCCCGCCCAGAACGGAGUAUGACGUAGUGUGUAUCGGACUUACAGGCUCUGGAAAGACCAGUUUACUCUCCAGACUCUGCAGUGAAGCCACAGACAACAUUGUCCCUACAACAGGUUUUAGCAUUAAGGCUGUGCCAUUCCAGAACGCCAUAUUAAACGUCAAGGAACUGGGAGGAGCGGACUCCAUUAAAAAAUACUGGAGCCGGUACUACCAAGGCUCUCAGGGAGUGGUGUUUGUUUUGGACAGCGCCUCGUCGGACGAAGACCUGGAGAUAGCCCGGACGGAACUCCACUCGGCCCUGCAGCACCCUCAGCUCUGCACGCUGCCCUUCCUCAUACUGGCCAACCAUCAGGACAAACCCGCUGCUCGCUCUGUACAGGAGAUCAAAAAAUAUUUUGAGCUGGAGCCUUUGGCCCGGGGGAAGAGCUGGGUGCUGGAGGGCAGCACGGUGGACAACAUGGAUGCUGUGAAAGAGAGCUUUAGCCAGCUAAUCCAUCUGCUGGAGGAGAAGGACCAGGAGACAGGCAGGAUAUGAGCUGGAAAACUACAGUCCCAGCAUUCCUCACUCCAGACACUACAGUUCACCACCUCAAUACAGGCCAAUAGAGGCCACGGCCCCGUUCUACAAGAGCACUGAGCACAGUACGCUAGUUACAGACACUCUUCGUCAGUUACUCUGUAACAAACCGAGCAGGAGGAAGAUCAUGGAUUGUGUGUCCAUCGCGAAUCCUUAGCUUUAAGAAUUCGUGCCAGCCAAGAAAGUGGGGCUUAUCAUAUUUCAAGUAUGAUAUCUUCUCUCAACGAUGCUUUGUAUUAACCGAGUACAGUAAACAUACAACACUUGAUUACUAUUGUCAGUAAAUAUGGUUAUACAUGUCCUCUGUAUUUCAGACCUAGUUGCACAUUGCUACUUAACUGAUACAGUUAAACACUUGCUUGGUAUGUAGAGAAACUGGAAGGUUUUACUUAAUCUGUAGAUUGUUCUAUUUAGCACCAUGUUUGUGUGAAUGUGUGCGUGAAAGAUGAAAGUUUGUACUAAAACGCCUUAAAUUAUGUGCUAUGUGUUUUUUAAACCAAACGAUAAAGUGAUGAAAUGCAUCCUCACACGUAUCAGUCCAUAGAUAUACUAAUAUAGACAGUCGUAAAGAGUGUAGGCAGUGGCCGUAAAGUGAAAAUAUCACUUAUUCCUACAAACAUCAAUAGAAAACCUUUGUUUGUCAUGGCAUAUCUCUAAAAAUGCAUGGCUCUGUUCUCUGUGUAUUAUAAAAAUCGAGCUACAGAUGCAUCAACAGAGGAGUUUUGCUUCUUUUUUGAAGAUAUAAGGGAUUCUCAUCGAAGCCAGUGCGGUAUUGUGCUACUUUUGAAUGAUAGUCUGUAGUUUGUUUUAUAACCAGAGCAUAUCAGAUGUAUUGUUUUAGCUAGUGUCUCUCUCAAUAGUAAUUAAUCACAGUAAUGAUUCACCUAAGAGGUGUAGUGCCAGUUUGGAUUUUAGUCAUUAGCAUAGCAGCACAGCUAUCAGACACCACCAGUUGUACGUGAAUGAAUUCACUGAGCCUUCACUUUUGUAUGGAUGACAUGCUUGUCGCGUACAGUACAGCGUUCUUGUUUAAGUUUUAGUCCAGUUGUUUUUUUACUGUUGCCUCAGAAUGUAAAACGCUCCUUUUCGCACCCCGUCAGUAGUGCCUCUUUCAGAUGGAGUGUGCACCAUUUAUCUGGACUCCUUUUAGCUCCCGCUUCCAGAAUCCAAACUGGAGGCUGAACUCAAGUGCUCAGCCAUUGCUAUCCAAACUGCUUAUGCAUCACAGUCAUGUAUCCACAGCCAAAAGUGUUCCUCAAACUCUAAUGACAACCUGGGAUAUGUCGUGUUUCUAGUUAUGUAUGUUCAGCACACUGGUGUUGUUGUAUUUGUACCACUCAGAAAACAUUUUAUACCCUCCUGGCCAAUUCAGCUGCCUUUUGUAAUUGAAGAAUUUGUACAUUUGUUACAGAUCAGUCUUGUUUUGUCUUUUUUUCCGUUUCUGUUUUUAUCUUUUCGGAGGGGCAUGUGCCUGUCUUUGUACUGGAAGAAAUCUCUGCAUUUAGCAGUUUCACUGUGACGGCUUCAAGCCGAUCACAAACUGCUAACUGUGUAUAUAUUGUAAUUUAUGCAUAAUUUCCACUGAGCAACAUGGACAAUAAAGGCUGAAUAAGGACAAA